AUGGCCAGCGAAAUGGAAUACACCCGACUCGGAACCUCCGGACUCAAGAUCUCCAAGGUCAUCCUCGGUGCCAUGUCCUAUGGCACUAAGGAAUGGCAGGACUGGGUGCUGGACGAGAAUGAGGCCCUUCCCUUGAUCGAGCAUGCAUACAAGCGUGGAAUCAACACCUGGGACACGGCUGAUGUCUACUCUCACGGUCGGUCCGAAGAAAUCAUUGGAAAGGCCCUGACAAAGUACAACAUCCCGCGCAACCGGGUGGUCAUCCUGACCAAGUGCUAUUUUGGGGUGGACGAUGGAGGCAAACAACCUCCUAUCUCCGCCGCAGGCCGGAACGACGGUGACUGGGUCAACCGUGUUGGACUGUCCCGGAAGCACAUCUUCGAUGCGGUGGACGCCAGCGUGAGCAGACUGGGCACCUACAUUGACGUGUUGCAGAUCCACCGUCUGGACCGGGACACGCCCCGUGAGGAGAUCAUGAGGGCGCUCAACGAUGUGAUCGAGAGCGGGAAGGUCAGAUACAUUGGGGCUAGUACUAUGGCCGCGUGGGAGUUCCAAACGCUCCAAAACAUCGCGGAACGGAACGGAUGGCACAAGUUCAUCUCCAUGCAGAACUACCAUAACCUCUUGGCUCGGGAAGAGGAGCGCGAGAUGAUCCCUUACUGUGUUGACUCCGGGGUGGGUCUGAUCCCCUGGUCUCCUAUGGCGCGUGGUGUGCUGGCACGGCCGUGGAAUUCUCGCUCGACGACCCGUGAGUCGACCGAUGCCGCGCUCAAUCUCCUUGUCCGGAGCCGAGAGUCCGAGGCCGACAAGGCGAUCGUUGACCGAGUGGAGGAGCUUGCCAAGAAGAAAGGUGUCAGCAUGGCGCAGGUGUCCAUUGCUUGGUCUUUGAGUCACCCCAAUGAAAAUCCCAUCUUGGGGUUGAACAGCAAAGAGCGCAUUGAUGAAGCUGUUGCUAGUGUCAAGGUCAAGCUGACCGAUGAGGAGAUCAAGUAUUUGGAGGAACCAUAUAUUCCUAAGGCUUUGUCUGCUCUUGAGCGGUAA